AUGGAACGUAGCAGUUGGAGUGGCAGUGAGAGUCCCGGGGAUGACAUGGAUAGACUGAGUGACUCUGGGGGGGACAAGACAAUGGACGGGGAUCCUGAGGGCGUGUGGAGUCCUGACAUUGAGCAAAGCUUCCAGGAAGCUCUUGCUAUUUAUCCACCAUGCGGAAGAAGGAAGAUUAUACUGUCUGAUGAAGGAAAGAUGUAUGGUCGAAAUGAGCUCAUAGCUAGAUACAUCAAACUUCGCACAGGAAAAACGCGGACAAGAAAACAGGUUUCCAGUCAUAUACAGGUCUUAGCCAGAAGAAAGUCAAGGGAGUUCCAGUCCAAGAUAAAGGAUCAUAGUGCCAAGGAAAAAGCUCUACAGAGCAUCUCGUCCAUGUCCUCAUCUCAGAUCGUCUCAGCCACUGCCAUACACAGCAAGCUGCUGCCGGGAAUUGUUCGGGCAAAUUUUGCUGGCAACACUCAGCUGUGGCAGGGGAUGAUCCCCGGAGGACAGUCUAGUUCCGCCUCAGAAGACAUCAAGCCGUUUUCACAGCAAGCCUACUCCGUGCAGACUGCAGGGACCACCACAAUCACAGGUUAUGAGCGCCCAGCAGCCGAGUCUCACAGAGAGCCAGCGUGGCAGGGUCGCUCCAUUGGCACCACUAAACUAAGACUGGUCGAGUUCUCAUCGUUUUUGGAAACCCAACGAGACCAAGAAUCGUACAACAAGCACCUGUUUGUGCACAUCAAUCAAAGCAAUCCAACCUACAGUGACCCGCUGCUGGAGUGUGUGGACAUCAGGCAGAUCUAUGACAAGUUCCCAGAGAAGAAGGGUGGCCUUAAAGAGUUGUUUACCAAAGGCCCUCAAAAUGCUUUCUAUCUCAUCAAGUUUUGGGCUGACCUAAAUUACAAUGUACAAGAUGACCCAGCUGCCUUCUAUGGGGUCACUAGCCAGUAUGAGAGCUCAGAAAACAUGACGAUCACCUGCUCCACCAAGGUCUGCUCUUUUGGAAAGCAGGUCGUAGAGAAGGUUGAGACAGAGUACGCCAGGUUUGAGAACGGGCAUUUUGUCUACAGAAUCAGUCGCUCUCCUAUGUGUGAAUACAUGAUCAAUUUCAUCCACAAGCUCAAACAUCUGCCAGAGAAAUACAUGAUGAACAGCGUACUGGAAAACUUCACCAUACUGCUGGUAGUGAGCAACAGAGACACUCAGGAGACCUUGCUGUGCAUGGCGUGUGUGUUUGAGGUGUCAAACAACGAACAUGGAGCACAGCACCACAUCUAUCGUCUUAUUAAGGAAUAA